UUUCAGCAAUGGUUACAGUGGCACUCGUAGUCGAGCUUAUAUCCACCCUUCUGUCGUUAUUCUGUUUGCCUGUCAAUAUUUUGUUUGUUUAUGUCAUCAUGAAUGAAAGCAAGAAACCUCAGACACCAUUCCGGUCAUCCUUUUUUCGACUCUGCAUUCAUCUAUCAGUAGCUGACAUUAUGAUGACCGUAUUCGCAACAAUAUUCUUCAAAUUCCCCAUAUUUGGAGUGUUUCCUGAGAGCUUCUAUGAAAAUAAUUGGUCGGUUAUACCUGUUGCUGGUGUGAAUUACCUUGGGCAUUCACAAGCUAUUGGAAUCAUAUUUAUAGCUGUAAACAGAUUUACGGCUGUUUAUUACCCAAUGCGUCACAAACAAAGAUGGUGGCGUCCAAAGAUCGUCACUAUUUUGAUGGUCAUUCAGUGGACUAUUCCACUGAUUUUUACCAUACCUUUGCUCUUCACCAAAUUCUCUUUCGUCAUCACUCGUUCCACCGGCUCCGUCACCUUUACAGCAAAAGAUAGAGUAUUUCAUAGGAUCUAUUUCGUUGGACAAGCCAUUCUUGAUGGUGUAGUUAUAAACACGAUAGUCUCUGCACUCUAUAUGGCCAUCUUCAUUAGGGUUCAAACUCAUGUGGUAGUGAGGAAACCAGGAGAGUUGGUAAUGCGCUUGGCAUCGUCUGCUUUCAUAAUCUUCAUAUCUUACCUGACUUUGGGGAUUUUUUCUGUCUUCGCAGCAAUGGCACGCCCAGAAGAUGCUUGGAUGUACCGUACCCUAUGAAGAGUGCUUUACAUAGUGGAAGUGAAGCAAGGUCGUCAUCGUGUCUCGUCAAAGCUGGUUUCUUACGUGGGGAAAGGCGACGAGAAAAUCGACGGUGAUAUCGAUCGAUAA